AUCUUAAUAUCCAAGAUGGAAGACGUUGUCAUCCCGUUCUCGUCCGAGGUGCCCUGCGACAAUAAUGGACAGCGCAUGUGGUGGGCAUUCCUCGCCUCCUCCAUGGUGACGUUUUUUGGGGGUCUCUUCAUCAUCCUGCUAUGGAGAACCCUGAAAUAUAUGUGGACUGUUUGCUGCCAUUGCAACAUCAAACCCAAGGAGGUUCAGAAGGUGAACAACCCCGCCAUCAAUCAGGCAACAGACGCACCAAAAGGUGAUGAGAAGGAGGAGGUCCCAGCCAGCGAGGUGGGAUGGAUGACUUCAGUCAAAGAUUGGGCUGGCGUCAUGAUCUCUGCUCAGACGCUCACUGGCAGAGUUCUGGUGGUGUUAGUCUUUGCACUCAGCAUCGGGGCCCUUGGAAUAUACUUUAUAGAUUCUUCCGACCCUAUAGAAUCCUGCCAGAACUUCUACAAAGAUUUUACGUUACAGAUCGAUAUGGCCUUCAACGUCUUCUUCCUUCUUUACUUUGGUCUGCGGUUUAUAGCAGCCAAUGAUAAGCUGUGGUUCUGGCUGGAGGUCAACUCAGUGGUCGACUUCUUCACUGUUCCUCCUGUGUUUGUUUCUGUCUACUUAAACAGAAGCUGGCUCGGUUUAAGAUUCCUGAGAGCCCUAAGAUUGAUACAGUUCUCGGAAAUCUUACAGUUUUUGAAUAUCUUGAAAACAAGCAAUUCCAUCAAGCUGGUGAACCUGUGUUCCAUCUUCAUAAGCACAUGGCUUACAGCUGCUGGAUUUAUACAUUUGGUGGAAAACUCAGGGGAUCCUUGGGAAAACUUUCAAAACUCCCAAUCUCUAUCGUAUUGGGAAUGUGUCUACUUGCUGAUGGUGACAAUGUCCACAGUGGGCUACGGGGAUGUCUAUGCAAAAACCACCUUGGGACGCCUGUUCAUGGUCUUCUUCAUCCUUGGUGGUUUGGCCAUGUUUGCCAGCUACGUCCCUGAAAUCAUAGAGUUAAUAGGAAACCGCAAGAAAUAUGGUGGUUCCUAUAGUGCGGUUAAUGGGAGAAAGCAUAUUGUGGUCUGUGGUCAUAUUACCCUCGAAAGUGUCUCCAACUUCCUCAAAGACUUCCUACACAAGGACAGGGAUGAUGUCAAUGUAGAAAUUGUUUUUCUCCAUAAUAUUUCCCCUAAUCUUGAGCUGGAAGCCUUGUUCAAACGGCAUUUUACCCAAGUAGAGUUCUACCAGGGAUCUGUUCUCAACCCUCACGAUCUGGCCAGAGUGAAGAUCGAGUCAGCAGAUGCCUGCUUAAUCCUUGCCAAUAAAUACUGUGCAGAUCCUGAUGCUGAAGACGCCUCCAACAUCAUGAGAGUCAUCUCUAUCAAGAACUACCAUCCCAAGAUCAGAAUAAUCACGCAGAUGUUGCAAUAUCACAAUAAGGCCCAUCUGCUGAACAUUCCGAGUUGGAAUUGGAAGGAGGGUGACGAUGCUAUCUGCCUGGCGGAGCUGAAGGCGGGCUUCAUUGCCCAGAGCUGUCUGGCUCAGGGCCUGUCAACCAUGCUGGCCAACCUCUUCUCCAUGAGGUCCUUCAUUGAGAUUGAGGAGGACACAUGGCAGAAGUAUUACCUUGAAGGAGUGGCUAAUGAGAUGUACACAGAGUAUUUGUCCAGUGCCUUUGUGGGCCUCUCCUUCCCCACUAUCUGCGAGCUGUGUUACGUGAAGCUGAAGCUGUUGCUUAUUGCCAUCGAAUACAAGUCUGAGCAGAGAGAGAGCAGAAGCCGAAAGCGCAUUCUCAUUAACCCGGGCAACCAUGUCAAGAUGCAGGAGGGAACACUGGGAUUCUUUAUCGCCAGUGAUGCCAAAGAAGUAAAGAGAGCCUUUUUCUACUGCAAAGCUUGUCAUGAUGACAUCACAGACCCCAAACGGAUCAAAAAGUGUGGCUGCAAACGACUGAUUUAUUUCGAAGACGAGCAUCCAUCAACUCUCUCACCCAAAAAAAAGCAGCGCAAUGGAGGGAUGCGAAACUCACCUAACUGCUCGCCCAAAAUGAUGAGACAUGACCCCCUUCUAAUCCCUGGAAAUGAGCAAAUCGAAAACAUGGACAUGAACGUGAAGAGGUAUGACUCGACAGGGAUGUUUCACUGGUGCCCAUCAAAGGAGAUCGAAAAAGUCAUCCUGACCCGGAGUGAAGCCUCCAUGACGGUGCUGAGCGGCCAUGUAGUGGUCUGUAUAUUUGGGGAUGUCACGUCUGCUUUAGUGGGGCUGCGAAACUUGGUGAUGCCUUUAAGAGCCAGUAACUUCCAUUACCAUGAAUUGAAGCCUAUAGUGUUUGUGGGCUCUCUGGACUAUCUGCGAAGAGAAUGGGAAACUUUACACAACUUCCCCAAGGUGUCCAUCUUACCUGGUACACCAUUAAGUCGGGCAGAUUUAAGGGCUGUCAACAUCAACCUCUGCGACAUGUGCGUAAUACUGUCAGCCAAUCAGAACAAUAUCGAAGAUGCCUCACUGCAGGAUAAGGAAUGCAUCUUGGCAUCACUCAACAUCAAGUCUAUGCAGUUUGAUGACAGCAUUGGGGUCUUACAGGCUAAUUCCCAAGGUUUCACGCCUCCUGGAAUGGACAGGUCAUCUCCAGACAGCAGUCCAGUACAUGGCUUCGUGCGGCAGGCUUCCGUCACUACCGGAUCCAACAUCCCCAUCAUCACAGAGCUAGCUAAACCUGGCAAACUACUGCCAUUGGUUUCACUCAGUCAGGAAAAAAAAAGUGGAACCAACAUACAAAUGAUAACAGAGCUGGUGAACGACUCAAACGUUCAGUUCCUGGACCAAGAUGAUGAUGACGACCCAGACACAGAGCUGUACCUCACUCAGCCCUUCGCCUGCGGCACUGCCUUCGCUGUCAGUGUACUCGACUCCCUGAUGAGCGCGACAUACUUCAACGACAACAUCCUCACGCUGAUUCGGACGCUGGUCACAGGGGGAGCCACACCAGAGCUGGAGGCUCUGUUGGCUGAAGAGAACGCUCUCAGAGGAGGCUACAGCACACCGCAGACACUAGCCAACAGAGACAGGUGUCGUGUCGCCCAGCUAGCCCUCUACGAUGGGCCAUUUGCCGACUUGGGGGAUGGCGGCUGCUACGGGGAUUUAUUCUGUAAAGCACUGAAGACGUACAACAUGCUGUGUUUUGGAAUCUACAGAUUAAGAGACGCUCAUAUGAGUGUACCAAGCCCGUGUACAAAACGAUACGUGAUCACAAACCCACCUUAUGAGUUUGAGCUGGUGCCCACAGACCUGAUCUUCUGCCUCAUGCAGUUUGACCACAACGCGGGCCAGUCCCGAACAAGCUUGUCCCACUCUUCCCACUCCUCUCAUUCCUCCAGCAAAAAGAGCUCCUCCGUUCAUUCAAUCCCACCCUCCAACCGGCAGAACCGUAGUAGUAAGACCCGGGAGGCCCGCGACAAACAGAAUGCAACAAGGAUGAAUAGAAUGGGCCAAGAAAAGAAAUGGUUUACAGAUGAACCGGAAAAUGCCUACCCACGGAACAUUCAGAUCAAGCCCAUGAGCACUCACAUGGCCAACCAAGUCAACCAAUACAAAUCCACUAGUAGUCUGAUUCCACCAAUCAGAGAAGUUGAAGACGAAUGCUGA